AUGUCCGUACCCCCUGAUGGUGGAUGGGGCUGGGUUGUUGCAUUCUCGGCCCUUAUCCUCAACUUUCUCAUCGAUGGAAUUUGUUUCUCCUUCGGAGUGUUCUUCCCGGAUUUUCUGAGCUAUUUCGGAGGCAGUAACGGAAAAACACAACUGAUUAGUUCAGUUGUAAAUGGAACUACUUUUCUUCUAGGUCCCUUUGCUGGGGCUGCAAUAAAGAAGUCCAACUGUCGUAACGUCGCGAUAUUUGGAACGAUAUUGUCCAGUGUUGGACUGUUCCUGUCAACGUUCUCACCAGAUCUCGACGUCAUGAUUCUGUUAUACGGAGUAGUUGUAGGCGUGGGAUUCGGGCUGGUGUUUACUCCCUCCAUUGUCAUUAUCAGUUAUUACUUUGAUAAACGCCGAGCAUUCGCCACUGGGCUAGCGGUGUGUGGGUCGGGGAUAGGAGCCUUCGCUGUUCCCCCGUUAUCUGUGGUACUUGUUGAGACAUACGGCUGGAAAGGAGCCACGUGGCUUUUAUCAGGAAUUCUUCUCAAUGGUGUUGUCUUUUCGUCCUUUUUCCGUCCGCAUGGAUCGCAUUGUAAAGAAGAUAGUGACAGCCAAAGCGAUUUGAAAGAGAACCCGAGAAGGAAGACCAUAUGCAAUAUCAUCACUGAUUUAUUAGGCUGCCCUGUUCUUACAAGUCCUACUUUUAUCUUAUUCUCAGGAUCGUGUUUUCUGGUUUCUAUCGGGUUUUUCAUUCCUUUCAAUUUUCUUCCAAUAUUUGCUCAUGACUCAAAGAUGUCAGCCAGUGAGGGAGCCCUUCUUAUAUCUUUAAUUGGCAUCUCCAACACUGUGUCGAAGGUUUUGAUUGGUAAAGUGUCCGACCAAUCAUGGGCGGACUGUAUACUCAUCAAUAGUGUGGUGCUUGUGAUUGGUGGAGUGGUCACUUGUUUUGUGCCAUAUUUUCGUAUCUUCAGUAUCUUGGCUGCCUACUCUAUUACCUUUGGGGUAGUUACAGGAACAUUUUCAACACUGAACGCAGUCAUUACGGUGGAGUUAAAGGGUAUGGAGAAUCUCCCGAAUGCCUUUGGUCUCCUCAACUUAUGGAUUGGUAUAGCGAUGUUAUUUGGAUCUCCUAUAGCAGGCUCGCUGUCAGAUAUCACAGGAGACUACAGUGUCACUUUCUACUACUGUGGAGCUGCCGUAGGACUAGGCGGCUUGCUGUGUCUUCUCCUGAGGAAGGUAAUGAGAUGGGAACACAGCAGAUACCAGAACGCUAGUGGUGGCCAGCCUCAGACUCAGGCGGGCCAUGUUGGCCAGUUCUGGGGUCAAUCCCAGCCCGCGGGACCAUUCCCAUUCCCUCAGAGGUUUGGGUUUAAUCCUAUGGGUUUAAUCCUCAUGGAAUUCCUGGGGAGACUUCGGUCCCAAUCGAGGAGGAGAUGGAUUCUGAGGGCGCGGGCAUGGCAGUUAGACGAUGCUGUUCAUCUUUCUCCGGGGUGCUCGGACAUUGACCCACCCGAGUCGCCUGAUGACGACCCUACCGGUGAGGAGAGUUCUCGGUGGGAAGAUGGCCCCGAUGCUGCUGAAGCUGAGGCUCAGCAUGCUCUGUCCGGGAUUCGGGCCCUCCGGGCCGAUGUCUCCCGUAUUCUCGGGUUGGAGGUUUGCCCACCACCGUCUGCGUCGUCGAUUCCGGAGUCCACCACCCUUUUAGGUUCUUUGGUGGCCCCUCGGGCAUCCGGUCAGUCAGAUCAGUCUCUGCAAAAAGGCACUAUCGUGUCUUCUGCUCUGGGCACUGUCCGGGCUCAGGUAUUGAAAAAGAAUUCUUCGUCUACCCGUACUCCCGGGUUUGCUGGGCUGCAACUCGGCGAUGGUGAUCUGUCGGAGGCUUCUGUCAACGACUAUGCCACGCAUGAUGGGCAACUAGCCCCUCAACCAGCAAGGCUUCUCGGGCUCUACCCUGUUCGGGGGAGCGCUUUCUUCUGUACAGAAUGA